AUGGCUGGCUCCCUCAACAACCUCCUCGCGUGGUCCACCGCAAACUCCGUCGCACCCCAAGAUGGAUCCGCUCCGGCAUCGAGCACUCCCUCCUCCGGCCUCAACGCCGAGAUGCUCGCCGAGCUCCUCGGCGGCCCGUCCGACGCCGACCGCAUGCGGGACGCCAUGAGCGCCAUCACCCUCCCGCUCGAGCAAGUCUCGCUGGAGAACAAGCUGAUCGCGUGGGACAACCUGGAGCAGCUGAUCGAGCAGAUCGACAACGCGAAUAACAUGGACCCCAUGGGCCUCUGGCCGCCCCUGCUGCGACAGCUGGAGAACCCCGAGGCCGAGCUGCGCCGUAUGGCCGCGUGGUGCGCCAGCACCGCCGUCCAGAACAACGUCAAGGCCCAGGAGAAAUUCCUCGCCGAGGGCGGCAUCCCCAAGCUGGUGAAGCUCGCGACCGAGGAUCCGGUGCAGAGCGUGCGGAAGAAGGCGAUCACGGCGUUGAGCAGCGCGGUGAGGAAUUUCCAGCCCGGCCUGGACGAGCUGGAGCAGAGUGUCCCCGAUGCGAUCUGGACGAAAAAGCAGGGGUUGGAUGCCGCGGACAUGGAGGCGGUGGAUGAGGUGAUUUCGGCGUUGAGGGAUCAUUCGGCAUCGAGGUCGUGA